AUGUCUUUGGCUGCUGGCGCCGCUCUCGUGGCAUGGUCCAUCAACGUUCCGCUGCUGCGCGCGCCGAUCGGGCUCGUCGUGCUCGUCGCCUGGGCUAUCUGCGUGUUCCUCUUCUUGGCCACCGGUUUAUCGCGGUGCCCGUUGCAGUAUAUGAGAAUGCGAAGUGCAUGUGUCAAGGGUUCGCUCUGCACGCCCAUCUACAAGCUGAUAAUGGAGUGCGUUCUCACGGGCUUCGUCAGGCCGCUCUCCUUGCCAGCGACGGUGUGGGGCCUGAUGCGCCGGCUGCUCAUAUCCGUGCUCACGUUCGUGCUGGACGUGCCAAACAUCGUGUGCCUCCUGUACCCGUCCCAGAGGCUGGCGCUGGACCGGGGGUGGGGGCUGCUGGCGUCCCACCACCAUCGCAUUGCGGCUCUGCUCAAGUGUGUCCAACUUCUGGUCAAUUUGCACGUGUCCGUGCCGUCGGUGACCCAGGUGCUUCCUGUUGGCUGCUACGCAGGCUCCGAUCUGCAGAAGGUGUCUGGCUUCAUCAAUUCUCUCGCUAGCUCUUCUGGCCCGCGCAGUGUUCUCACUGCCUCUUCGCCUACGCCGCCACGUGUGGCUGUGAAUUCGUCCUUCGCGUCCGACCUCGACUUCGAGACCGAGCUUUGCAUGUUCGAGGAACUGGCUGCUCGUCAGUCUUCUUCCGACCUGCGUGCCGACCAUCUGCAAGACCGCCGAGCAGGGUCCACGGUGUUCAUCCGCGCCGAUAUCCCGCCUUGCGGGUGCCCUGGAGCACAGAUUGACUGGUCGAGCAUUCCUGGUUACGCUGACCUCGUCUUUGUCGAAGACUCCGACGGCGACCAAACCAAGGCCAACAAUGGCGACAAAUUGAAGAGUCACGACAAGGACAAGGAGUUCUUCACCAUGUUCGUCGGCUCCGUCGCCUUCGAGGCCAUGAGCGGCGCCGCGGACCCGCCGCCAGAGCUUCAGCCCACCUCGGCCGACGCGGCGCCGCUGGGUGCGGGCGGAGGAGCCCACGGGGGCGCCAUCUGCUGCUUCGGCGACAGCCUGACCGUGGGCGUCCGGGGAGAUCCGCCGUCCAACAGCGCAAGCGAGUCGUACCCCAAGUUCCUGGAGGAGCUACUCCGCGGCGCCGGGUACGACUUCACGGUGCACAACGCGGGCAACUGGGGGGACACCACUGGCCACAUGGCGGUCAGGCUGCCGAAGGUGUUAUCGCAGCUGGCGGGGCAAGGCGUGCGCGUGGACUUCGUGCUCGUGCUGGGGGGCACCAACGACGUCCUGCGAGGCGAGGGAGGCGGCCCGCACGGCAUCCUCGCGCGCCUGAGGCACCUGCACGGGGUCGCCAGCGCGGCUCCGAGCUCGCCAGCGGUGGGCGUCGUGACCGUGCCGCCCGCCAGGGGGCUUGGACAGCGAGACCGCACCAGGCUGGAGGUCAACCGAGGCUUGCGCAGCCUGUGUCAGCAGCCGCGGCGGUUUCUGGUGGACCUGGAGGCGUUGGACGUCGGGCUUUCCAAGGACGGAGUCCACUACACCGCCGAAGGCUGCGCCGAGAUGGCCAGCCGGGCGUUCCGGGCGCUGCAGCCCAUGUUGCCGGCCCCCGCGCCGCCGGCCGCGGCCGCGGUCGGCGAGGAGUGA